AUGUCUUUCUGGCCUUUUGGGCAGAAUGUCCACUCCAAUAUCAAUAAAAUAUUGGAUGAUUACUUCCAGGUACUGCACGGGCUGGAAAAAAAAGAGGAGGUUGGCCAAGAUGUACCCGGAACACGAUCCCCCCAUCAGCAUGAGGAUAAUUCAGAGCUCGAGUCAUUAGUUUCGUCGAGCUCUUCGCAGGAGCGAGUCUCUUUGACGCCUCAGUCAUUGAAUAGCAGUUUCAUAGAUAAUAUUUUGAAAGAAUCUGAGCUGCUCAAUGAACUCACAAGACAGAAUAACACACUUUUGGACUUUAUAUGCUUCGGUUAUUUCUACAACCAGGAUGGUGUAAAGGUACAGAAUAUAGAGUAUUUGAUUGACCAAUUGAUGGAGUGUAUUGAUAAGAUCAAUGAUGAACUGGAUGUGUCCGACUCCCAGCCGGAGGAGGAGCCACACAAUGACUCAAUAAUCCCCUCAUUUGUCGACGAUAAUACACACUCAUCAUAUCUUAACAAGGCCACUAUCAUUUCUGAGAUAUUUGCUCUUGACAUCUGGUUAAUUUCGGAAUCUUUGGUUAAAAAUACCUCUUAUCUAAACAAGAUAUGGUCAAUCAUACAUCAUCCUAACUUCUCUUCCGAAAAGUCACCUUUGAUUCCAAUCUUCCUCAAAAUCAACCAAAACCUACUUACUACCAGACAAGAUCAAUAUCUCAACUUUUUACGGUCACGGAAUACUUUAGUUGAUGACCUUUUGGAUCACAUAGAAAUAUCUGUUCUUAUGGACUUCUUUCUGAAAAUCAUUUCCACCGAUAAACAAGAAUCACCCUCUGGUAUAAUUGAAUUGGUCCAUGAGCAAAAUUUGAUCAACAAGUUGCUUCGGUAUUUGGAUAAUGAUAGAUAUGCACCAGAUAUCCAGGCCUGUGCUGGUGAUUUUAUUAAAGCACUUAUUGCCAUUUCUGCGAAUGCGCCUUUGGAUGACAUGUCCAUUGGCCCAAACUCUUUGACACGGCAACUGGCAUCUGAGGAGUGUGUCUCGUUUUUGCUUGACACAAUUGUCCUCAAGAGAGGAAAUGCACUGAUAACUGCUGUUUCAAUAGUUAUCGAGUUGAUACGGAAAAAUAAUUCAGACUACGAUCAAGUAAACCUUCUGACUACAACUAUAGAGUCAAAUCCACCGUCUAUGAGAGAUCCUAUUUAUUUGGGAAUAAUGCUUAAAAAAUUUGCAUCUAAUCUUAAUCUGCUCUAUCAAAUACUGAUCGACAUUGAAGAAGAUGAAUCAAUUCCAUUCAUGAUUAAUCAACUUGGUGAGAAGUUUAAACCAAUUGGAUUUGAACGAUUUAAAGUCGUUGAGUUAAUAGCAGAACUGUUGCAUUGUUCGAACAUGGGUUUGAUGAACUCUAAAAAGGCCGAACGCAUUGUGAAAGAGCGCUCCGAUGCAAGAAGUGCCGUGGCCAAACAAUUACAAGAUGCUUUGGCAGAUCUAGAUCUAAAUGAUUCAGAAAAGGAUGUUAAGCCUGAAGAGAAUCCUUCAAAUUUAAUUGACGAUGAACUUGACGAAUCUUUUGAAAUACCUUAUGUCAACCCUAAACAGAAUGCUAAACUUCGGAAUAAUCCGACAAUUGGAGAUUUGUUCAAGAUCAAGCUAUAUGAUAAUGGAGUCCUUCCCAAGAUCAUAGAGCUAUUUUUAGAUUAUCCUUGGAACAAUUUUUGGCAUAAUGUGAUAUUCGACAUAGUUCAGCAAAUUUUUAAUGGAAGGAUGGACUUUUCAUAUAAUUCCUUUCUCGUCUACUCUCUUUUCAAUUCUAGAGAUGCAGCGCGCUUUAUGAUAGAGAAUUCGGUACCAUAUCCAUCAAACUUUCAAAUUACGCGCGACUUGAUUUUGCAGGGUUAUAAGAAGUCCUAUGAUUUUUACGAAGUUCAUAGGACUACCCUGGGGUAUAUGGGUCAUCUUGUUUUGAUAGCAGAGGAGAUUGUGAAAUUUUCCAAAGUGUACAAAGUUGAACUGAUAUCUCCCGAUAUCCAGAAAGUUUUACAGGACGAAGAUUGGAUAUUUUACUCCGAGGAUGUUUUAAAUGAUACGAGGAUAAUGUAUUCUAAGAUUCUUGGUGGAAAUGACUAUCUCGAAGAGAGCAAUGACAAUGUAGGAAAUGAUUCCGAUAAUGCCAGCGAAGCUUCCGACAUCACUGGAACUUCACUAUCUGGUGGUAAUCUGAUCAACGUCAGUGAAUUAAACCCAGAUCAAAGUCCAAUACUACUGAACUUCGCAACACAGACAGACCUGCACAAAAAGUUGAGGGAUAAGUUGAUAAGGCAAUCUCGAGAAGAGGUUGAACGGAAAAACAAAGAAAAAGGUGUGAUAAUCCUAGGUAUGCCAUCUGAAGACACGAAUGAAAAUUUAUCUUCUGAAAGCAAUAUCAAUAUUGAUGAGGAAGAUGACAAAAUAUGA